AUUUUUUUUUUUUUUUUUUUUUUAGGGUUUCAAUUUUUUUUUAUUUAAUAAUUUUUUUUUUUUUUUUUUUUUUUUUUUUUUUUUUUUAAAAUCAAUGUUUUUUUUUUUUUUUUUUUUUUUUUUUUCUGUAGUAAUGCAUACCCUGCAUAUUCAAUCUGCACGUCGUCCCCAGAUCCAAAUAGUACAUGUUCAUUAAUAGCAAGCCCUACAAAUUGCCAUUCUUCCUUAUCUUCAAUUCAUUUGCUUGUCAAAUUUUCCUCAUUUGGGUCUCUCAAAUUUGGAAUCUUUGGCUUAAAUCUUGAAUCCUUCUUGAAUUUUUUUUGUUCAGGUAUUUAUUUGUGUUGUGUUUUGUCAAUGGGCGCAUUAGAUGAGGGGCAUUAUCAGACAGAAAUAGAGAAUGAAGUGAAUUUUGAGCUUGGUUUUGAAGAUCAGCCAGAAACAGUGGCUAUUGAGGAUGCUGUAAGAGUCCUUUUGCAGGGUUUGGGCGAAGAUGUCAAUAGGGAAGGGAUCAAGAAAACACCUUUUCGUGUUGCUAAGGCUCUUAGACAAGGAACAAUAGGUUACAAACAAAAAGUGAAUGAUAUCAUUCACGGCGCGUUAUUCCCUGAAGCUGGAUUGGAAGGUGGCAGUGGUCAGGCUGGAGGAGUUGGUGGGCUUGUGAUUGUUCGAGAUCUUGAUCUCUUUACAUACUGUGAGUCUUGCUUGCUUCCAUUCCAGGUUAAGUGUCAUGUAGGUUAUGUUCCAUCUGGAAAAAGGGUUAUAGGACUAAGCAAGCUCUCUCGGGUUGCUGAUGUUUUUGCGAAACGGCUCCAAAGUCCACAGCGCCUUGCUGAUGAAGUUCGCACUGCUUUGCAGCAUGGAAUCAAGCCAACAGGUGUUGCUGUGGUUCUACAGUGUAAGCAUAUUACUUUUCCAAAUUUCGAAUCAGCAUUUCUCAACUCGACUUCCCAAGGAUGGGUAAGGAUGAUAGCUACCUCAGGUUCUGGUGUUUUUGAGGAUCAGGAUGCUGAUGCUUGGACCGACUUUUUGAGUCUUCUGAAAUUCCGAGGUAUAAAUGUAGACAAUGCCCAUCCUAGGCCCUCUGACCAAUCAUGGUGCCCAUCGCAAUCUUGUGGCAGGCCUGGACAAGCAAAUUCAGCUAUGACAAAUGCAGUGCUUUCAAUACUUAAGUCUCUGGGCGAAGAUCCAUUGAGAGAAGAGCUUGUAGGAACCCCAUCUCGGUUCUUGAAGUGGUUCAUGAACUUUAGAAACUCCAAUUUGGAGAUGAAACUGAAUAGCUUUGUUCGAAGUAGAAUAGAUACUCGAAGUCUUUCUGGUCAGACUGGUAAUCUUAAAGAUGGCAUCUGCUCCGAGCUCAAUUUGUCGUUCUGGUCCCAGUGUGAGCAUCAUCUACUCCCUUUUCAAGGCGUUGUACACAUUGGUUAUCACUCAUUGGAUGGAGUGAACCCUGUUGGAAGACCUCUAGUGCAAUCAGUAGUACAUUUUUAUGGCUUUAAACUCCAAGUACAGGAGAGGCUCACCAGACAAAUAGCUGAAACUGUUUCAUCGUUUUUAGGUGAAGACAUAAUCGUCGUUGUGGAAGCAAAUCACACCUGUAUGAUAUCUCGAGGAAUCGAGAAGUUUGGAAGCAACACAGCCACAUUUGCUGUGUUGGGUCGAUUUUCCACCGACCCUGCUGCAAGAGCAAAGUUUUUGCAGAGCCUCCCUGAUUCUUAUUCUGCAGGAAAAUGAUGUCUGAUGUCUUCUUCUAAAAGGAAAUACAUGCUACAGCAAGCUAGGUACUCACUCGCCUUUCGGGUAAAACUGGUGGAAUUGAGAAGCAAUCUCGCCCGUUUGCUCAAACAGGUCCUCUUUUUUAUUUCUACAGCAUAAUGAUAAAUGAGGUGAUGAGAUUUUAUCAAUUUUUGUUUUUCCGUCCUUGUAGUAUAAUGUAGCAUGAGCAAGCUUUUAAAGUUGCCCAUGAUUUAUUUUCUACUGCAUCACUAUUGGUUGAAGUGUAAUACUUGGCACAUUGUGCCAUAUAGCAUAUACAUAUGGUGUUUUCCAACCACUUCUGCUAGCUAUAUUAAUGUUAUUCAAGACCUGAUUGAAAUCAUUUCUGUA